AGUUUCGUUCGAAAAUUUGUAUUAUAUAUUAUUCUGUAUAUAUCUUGAAUAUGCAAAGAUCAAGGUAAUAGACGUUAGAACGUAAUAGAUCGUAAUAGCACGUGCCGGCUUUACAUACACGUGGUUGAUACUUAAUUCAUAUUUUACUUUCGUUAUAAUCUCCGAGUCGACGUGCUCGAGAUCCAAAAUCUCGAGUCCUUCUAAAUAUAAAUUUGUAUAUUUUUACACGUUGCGAGAUACACAUUAAAGCAAAUCCUAAUAUAGUGGAAAACAUUUGCGAGGGAGUUACAUGAGAAUCUCGUGAAACGAAAGUUUUGAGACUCGAAAAAAAACAGGGCGUCUUCAUGCUCUCUUAAUUAUCUAAUCUAAUCUUUUUUUUUUUGAUGCUAUUAAGCAUAAAUAUUAAGCAUAAAUAUUAAUUGAUAAUUAAUAUAUUUUACAUCGUCUCAUCGUGAUUGACAACGCAAAGUACAAAGUAGAAAACAAGAACUAACGUAUCGUUUAAAUAUUAUUCGUAGACAUGUUCUCUUUCUAUGUUAAUAGAUUUAUACUCUAUUAUAUUCUAUUUAUAUUUCUAUUUCCUUUGAAAUAUACUUUUUGUUUCUUUCGUUUUCAAUCAUCUAUUCUAAUCAUGUGGUACAGGCAAGCUAAACAACAUUCUUCGCGCCGAUAAUUUUUUUUUCAAGAAAACGAAGUGUUUCUAUUCUCGUUCUAAUUGUUUCGAAUUUUCUCUUCAACUUCUAAUGAGCUGAUAUUAAAAACGAGACAGAGUCGUGUUAAGCUUUUCGUAAUCAUACGAUUGCGAGUAAAGUUACACCUAUUAAAAAAGAAACUCUCGAAGCAACGUUAAACCGAGUUUAAUAAAAAGAAAAAAGAAAAAAAAAAAAGGAAAAAGUCUAGAAAAUGAGCUUACGUGCCGAUGUAAUAGCGUAAAUUGAUCCAUCUUCGUUACGUGCUGGUAGUAUCGGAUAUUAUACAAUGCACGAUAUAUAGAUAUAUAUGUACAUUUGUCCGACACGAUGUCAGACCGGUUUCAGUGAUCAUCCAUUGACGCGUUUGUCUUCUUCGGAAAAACAUAUAAGCAAUUAUAGAUUGGAUAAAAACGAUUAAGUUAUAGACACGCGAUAAACAUUCGUAUAUGUUUGUCAAUGCCAAUGCCGAUAGCGAACUGAUUUCAACACAGUUGCGAAGCGAGAGCGACGAAACCGCGAAGUUGACGACGACGGGGAGAAGGUUGAAGAGGAACGAAAGAUGAGAUACAAGGUGAAUGACCCCGAAAACAAUGGAAGGGGAGUGGACGAUGGCAAUAAUAAAAAUUCAGAACUUCCAUGGCAAUGUAAUCACGGAGACGAAAAGUCGAGCAGAAAGGAAACAAGGCUCGUGAUAAUCGUUGUCUUAUUAACGAUAACUGUGAUUACUCUUAUUGUUACCUUAACUUUGCAAAUGAUUGUAUUUUAUAAGGAAGAAUAUAAAGAAAUGUGUCAGAGCGAAGAAUGCAUAAAAACAGCCGCGAGAGUAUUAGAAGCGAUGAAUAAAUCCGUAGAUCCUUGCGACGAUUUUUAUAGAUUUGCUUGCGAUGGUUGGGUCGCAAAGCAUCCGAUACCUCAAAGUCAAGUAUCCUGGGAUCAAUUGAGUCUACUUAGAGAAUAUCUCUUGCAAGAUUUAAGAAUUUUACUAGAAAUGCCUGACGAAGAGGAUGAUCUAAGACCUGUAAAGUUAGCAAGGGCUCUUUAUAAAACUUGCAUGGAUACGGCGAGCAUCGAAACAUUGGGACUAGAACCGAUAUUCGAAGUAUUCGAAAAGAUAGGAUUACCGGCGGAUCCACCUUUACAAGUCAAAGUUCCUUCUCUUGAUUUAUCUCAAAUCGCUGGUAGAACCCGAAGAAUAUUAGGCUUGAAUCUUUUGGUCAAUUUUUAUAUCAGCGAGGAUAUUCGAGACACGACGAGAAACAGAAUAAUGACGGAACAAGUAUCUCCAGCUUUUAGCGAACGAUAUCUCCUCGAUCCACAACGUUUUCAGUCUGAAUUAGGCGAAUAUAAAAAAUAUAUUAAAGCUAUGAUGGAGUUCGCUGGGGCUGGAAACAGAAGUACAAGUUUCGCGGAUGAAAUUUUAGAAUUUAGUACGAAAAUUGCAAAGAUCAUGGAUACACCGGAGGAAAGACGUAGCGUACAUCAUUUCUUUCAUGACGUUACUAUCGAUGAAUUACAACAGCUGACUGAUCUUCGUGUACAGCAAUGGAACUGGACGAGGUAUCUGAAUGGUAUAUUUGAAAAUACAAACGUGACCAUAAAUACAGAGAGUGAUAAAGUUAUUGUAAUGGAUCUACACUAUUUACAGAAAUUGCCCCAACUACUUGCGAUUACGCCGCCUGCUACGAUAGCACGUUUUAUCUGGUGGAGCGUAUAUUCAGCGAUUACGCCGCUUACACUGCAAAAGUUUCGUGAUCUUGGCUUUCAAUUUUCUCAAAAAGUUUUUGGUCUUAAAGAAAAAACGCCAAGAUGGAAAGGUUGUACCGGAAAUGUAAAUGCUAACUUUGGCAUGGCUCUCAGUUACGUCUACGCUCAAAAACAUUUCAAUGAACAGGAAAGAGAAAAGGCUUUAGAAAUGUUAAUGGACAUUAGGGCAGCAUUUGAUGCAAUGGUUAAAGAAUUAGAUUGGAUGGAUGCGGACACUAGACUACGCGCGCAUAAAAAAUUAUACGCAAUGAGACCAUUUGUCGGCUUUCCGGAGUGGAUUACUAAUCCAGAGAAAUUAAAUAAAUUUUAUGAAGGUGUGGAAGUAAUACAAGGAAAAUUGUUUGAAACUUUUUUAAAACUGACGGAUGUAGGUGUUAAGAAAAAUUUAAAUAAUUUGCGAGAAAAACCGGAUAAAAAUCGAUGGAUAUCCACUGGAACUACUGUUAAUGCAUUUUAUAGCGCUAUUUUAAAUUCAGUCACUUUUCCAGCAGGUAUUUUACAUCCGCCAUUCUAUGGAAAUGGAAUAGAAUCAAUCAACUAUGGUGCAAUGGGUGCAAUUAUGGGUCAUGAACUUACUCAUGGGUUUGAUGAUCAAGGUCGCAGAUACGAUGAAAACGGCAAUCUCAGGCAAUGGUGGAGCGACGAAACAUUGCAACAUUAUCAUGAGAAAGUCGAAUGUAUCAUCAAACAGUAUAGUAGUUAUCAUCUUCCUGAGCUGGGUAACAAUUUUACAGUGAGUAAUAUUCUCGUUGAAAAUAUUCCAAAAUGUGCCAAGGCAUAUUGGCUAAUUUACAAAGACGAAGAAUUACUGAUGAUUUUUCAGGUAAAUGGUAUUACAACUCAGGGUGAAAAUAUUGCUGAUAAUGGUGGAAUACGAGAAGCUUAUAGAGCCUAUCAAAGAUUGAAAGCUCGUAACUCGCACCAGCAAGCUUUGCCUGGUCUUUCAGAAUAUACUCACGAACAAUUGUUCUUCUUAGGCUUUGCACAAGUUUGGUGUGGAAAUUAUACAAAUGGAGCAUUAAAAUCUAAACUUAUAGAAGGUGUCCAUGCACCAAAUCAUUAUAGAGUAAUUGGGACAUUGUCUAAUAAUGCAGAAUUCGCGAAUGCCUGGAAGUGUUCAACUAAUAGUCGUAUGAAUCCAGAACACAAGUGUAUCUUGUGGUAAAUUUUUGCUGUUUGACUCAAUCCAAGAUAUAUUUGUACAAUUGUGACAGAAUGCAUGAAAAAAAAAAGCAUAAAACUGUCAUAUUUAAUUUAAGAUUUAUAUUUAUAUAGACUGAUAGAAGCUAGUGAAUAAUUUAUUAUUACUCUUACAUUGUGUAUUCUGAACGUCAUUUUACGAACUGUAAAUAUCAUUCAAAAAAUAAGUACUUUCUCAA